UAUAAAACCCCGCGGUCGCACGCAGGCGUGCCAAAUGGGCUGUCAGAUGCGAUUUGGAGUAACAAGUGGAUUUGACGUGCAGGUUUUCUCACCAUCGCGCUUGGAAACACUCCUGAUCACAGUGCUGGACUAAAGACCAUGGACUCAGACACAAGCCGCGUUUCAAGCAGACCUUCAUCCCCCGAAGUGGACGACAUCUUCCUCUCCACCCUGAAAAAGUCCGUGCACGGCUUCUCCGGCGCCGUGUCCUCCACACAGAGCGACUCCCCGUCAGAGAUCCCCGGCCUGCGCGGCCUCUCCGCCGCCGACGAGGACGCACUCGCCCUCCGGCUCUCCAAGAAAGACCGCAAACUCCUGUCAGAGAACGAGCUGCAGACCAUCCGCCUCAAGAUCAACAGCCGGGAGAGGAAAAGGAUGCACGACCUCAACGUGGCCAUGGACGGGCUCCGCGAGGUCAUGCCCUACGCGCACGGACCGUCGGUGCGCAAACUCUCCAAAAUCGCCACCCUGCUGCUGGCUAGAAACUACAUCCUGAUGCUGAGCAACUCUCUGGAGGAGAUGAAGCGGCUGGUGAGCGAGAUCUACGGCAGCAGCGGGCACCACGGCGGCUUCCACCCGGCAGCCUGUGGGACUAUGACACACGCGGGGCCCGUGCCGGGACACCCGGCUGCUUCCCACGCUUCACACCCGGCGGUGCACCACCCGCUCCUCCCACCGGCCGUCUCCACCGCCUCCCUGUCCGCGCCCAGCAUCUCCGCCGUCACUUCGGUCAGACCCCAUCACGGACUCCUCAAAGCGCCCGCUGCCGGCGCAGGGCCGCUGGGCAGCAGUUUCCAGCACUGGGGCGUUGGCACCGGGAUGCCUUGUCCGUGCAGCAUGUGCCAAGUCCCGCCUCCGCAUGUGACCAGCAUGAGCGCCGUCACCAUGCCGAGGCUGGCCGGCGACUCCAAGUGACUCCAAAUUAUCUGGAGACGAACUUUUGGGCUUGUGACAGACUCUCCAACAUUAUUCCUCUUUUUAUUUAUCUUUGUCGCUGAAUCCGUUGAGUACGGAGCCAGUGAAGAACAAUGCGCUCAUUUUCCUUUCCUUGGACUUUGGGGUUUUUGCAACUAACUUAGUGUUUUAUGGUAAUUAACCUCAACUGUAACAGAGCUCCUAAAGCACAACAGCUUAUCACUGGAAACCUUUGAUGGCCCAGACAUGUGUGUGUGUGUGUGUGUGUGUGUGUCUCUGCAGUUAUUUAAAGAUCACAUUGAACCCUUGAGUGGGCCUGCAGGAGCAAAGGUCACAAAUCAAACCACGAAUAUAGAGUGUAAAUAUGUAGAUGAAUUAUUCUGUUUAAAUAGUCGGAGAUAUCAUAUAUUAGAGUCUUGUUAAUGUGCGGGAAGACUCCCACACCCCUCACAUGUUGCACCUGCUUUAUUCUAUCCGUCUUAUUCAAUGCUUCUCUCCUUAUGUUCUCCCCAGUAGGCUGUCAUCAUCUUUUCUGUCAAACAACGACCACUUGUUUAUUUUUUUAAUAAAAAAAAAUGAAAAUGAUAUUUAUUUACUUAUUUUGGACGGGAAUUUCAGAUGAAUCUGAUUAUG